UUUUACUUUCUGUUUUCGGUAUUAUUCAAAAUCCACCAUAAUAAAACAUGACACCGAAUUUUCGCGGACGGUACGGAACCAUGAAUUCGCAGAUGACACUGUUGGUGUGUUUGACUGCUUUUUUGGUGUUGCUGUUGCACAGGAGAAGAAGGAAUAGAAAUUCUUAUUAUGAAAGUUCCAGCAGCUGUAGUGAUGAGAGUGAGUUCAAUGCAAGCGAUGAGAGCGAAUUCAGCACAUCAAGUGAGGAAGAUGAAGACGAAGAGGAGCCAUCCGAACCUUUGGUCAAGAAGAUGAAACUGGCAGAUUCGAGUGUGGCGGAAGUGGAUGCCCAACGGAAGUCGGCUUCUGGUUCAGGAACUAGUAAAACUGAAGAAGAGCCCAAUACGCACAAGACAUUAGCGCGGACCAUCGCUACGAGCAUUCCGAAAAUGAAAUACCUCAACCAACAUGAGGCCAUCAGCGUCGAUGAGGAACUGUUCAACGAGUACAAAUUCAGUGUUGAUCAGCUGAUGGAAUUGGCCGGCCUUAGCUGCGCCCAUGUCAUCAACGAUUGCUACGGAUCCCCCCAGAGCACCGUCAAACGUAAGGUUCUGGUUUGUUGCGGCCCUGGCAAUAACGGCGGAGAUGGUCUUGUGGCGGCGAGACACCUGAAGUUGAUGAACUUCGAUGCCCACGUUUACUACCCGAAACGAACGGAGAAAGAUUUGUUCAUCAACCUGCAGCAUCAGUGCGAAUCGAUGGGAAUAACGGUGAGCAAGGACUGCCCAACGCUGGAAUGGGUCGAAGGAGAAUUUGGACUGAUUGUAGACGCGCUGUUUGGGUUCAGCUUCAAACCGCCGGUUCGGGAAUCGUUUGCACCGAUUAUGGAUGUUCUGAACAAGUCCAAAGUACCCAUCGUUAGUGUCGACAUACCCAGCGGAUGGCACGUCGAGGAAGGUCCUCAGGAUGAAUGCAACAUCCAACCGGAUUGCUUGAUCUCACUGACGGCGCCUAAACUGUGCGCCAAGAAAUUGACGAAUGCGAAACACUAUCUCGGCGGACGAUUCGUUCCACCAAAACUGCAGGACAAAUACGCCAUAGAACUGCCUACGUACGAAGGGAAUAAUCUGUUUGUUAAACUGUCCUAACUUGUACGAGCUUUUUUUUGUUAAAUAAGGGUAAUUUUCGGUACAUUGAAUUCGCAACUGAACUGUUUUUGUUAUAGUCUGAAUAAAACGAUUUUUCAAAAAUAAA